AUGAUGAACAAUUUCAGUAGGUUACCUCGAGACAUCAUUGAUACAUGCAUCCUUCCAUGCCUCGAUGGCGAAACCCUAAUCGCUUUAUCCUCACUCUCCUAUGAAUUCUUCCCCUUGAUCAACGAGGAUCAGUGGCGGAACAUUUGCAUCUCCACAUGGCCUAGCUUGCUGUUGUAUCGUCCGAAAAUCCUCUCUAAGAUGAUCUCCAUGUUUCCCGAUGGUUACCGUUCGUUCUUCUCCGACGCAUUCCCUUCCAUUCACCAUCCUAAUACUCCUCCUCCUCCUCCACCUCACCGUGCAAAUUUCAACUAUGCCAUCGAUAUAUUUUUACAGGGAGAACAAGAAGAAGAACGACAACCUUUGUAUGCAAAUGUUCAAUAUCAAUACAUAAACAUAAAAACAUGUCGGCAUUCAACAAAGAAAAACAAAAAAAAACAAAAAAACGUAUCCACAGGUGGCAGCAAUGCUUUUAAAUUAUUUCCUAAUACUUGUUAUUCAUUAUAUCCUAAUUUGAAAUUUAUUCCGGUAAAGAAAGAUGGGUGUGAGGAAUAUUUGAAAGAAAAAUUGAAGCUAAGUUGUGUGCUUGUAUCAUCUAGAUAUGAUCUAAUACCUAGAAGAAACCGUGCAUGGGGCUUGUUUAGUUCUAGUUGUAAACCUGAUGUUUAUGUUUCAACUAGCAAAAGAUGGGCUGUUGCGACGUAUGAGACGGUGAUGCCGGGGCUUUUUAAGUAUUAUACGGAGAUGGUGAAGUUUCAGAUGGAUGUUAAUUGCCGCUGGGAAGAUGGAGAAGAAGAUAGGUUCUAUGUUAGUUAUAUUAUGUUUAGAAUGAAAGACAUGAAUGGAAAACUUGUGAAGGAGGAGGAUGCUGCCAAAGUUCUGCUCAAUGCUAUUGAAAAUGGGGAGAGGAAGAAGAAAUAA